AUGUUAGAGGAGGGAGGCAGGUACCUCGUAGGCUGUCUAGACUCUCUUUUGAUUCACUGUAGUGGUCAUCAGGACCCACUGCUUCAGCAGUCGCUGAGUGCCAUCGAGUUCCCCCAGGAAAAGCAACAACCACAAUCUGAAUUUACCAUUGACAACUUGAUCUGGACUGUAAAUGAUCUCUUUAGUGCAGGAACAGAGACAAUGAGCACCACCUUGAGAUAUGGUCUCUUGAUUCUUCUGAAACACCCUGAGAUAAGAGAAAAGAUACAUGAAGAAAUAGAACAUGUGAUUGGCCGAAAUCGAAGUCCUUGCAUGGAGGACAGAAACAAGAUGCCUUACACCAAUGCUGUGGUCCAGGAGAUACAGCGAUAUGUUGACCUUCUCCCCACUGGUGUGCCCCAUGCAGUUUCACAAGAUACUCAAUUCAGACAAUAUCUUAUCCCCAAGGGUACCACCAUAAUACCAUUAUUUACUUCCAUUCUGAAUGAUGAAGAAUUCCCUAAUUCACAGCAAUUUGACCCAGGUCAUUUCCUGGAUGAAAGUGGCAACUUUAUGAAGAGUGACUAUUUUAUGCCUUUUUCAACAGGAAAACGGAUAUGCCUUGGUGAGGGCUUGGCUCGAAUAGAAUUAUUUCUGUUUUUUACUACCAUCCUAUAG